AUGGGUUCAUCUACAGAUGAUGGGAUCUCCGUCAACACGGAGGACGCCAUCGACGUGGUCGCCCGCAUCGACUUCAUCGUCGCCUCCCUCGAAAAGGCCGGCGUGCCCCCCGAUGAGCUCCACCACUUCAAGCAGGUCGUCAGCCGACUACCCGUCGCCAACAAUGCCGCCAAGGACGGCACCGCUGUCCCAGGAAAGGAGGCCUUGUGCAAGAGACUCGGGAGGGAAGCGAUUCUGAUGGUAAGCGGCACGGCAGCAGUCGGGGGAACCUUGCGCUGCGUGACGCUGGCCACGAAGGACAGCCUGGCGUUGGAAAGGUGGACGAACCUCCUCGAGCAGGCCAUGUCGCAGGAGGGCUACCUGGCAGGCGCCAGCAUCUUUCGCGCGAGCCAGAUCGGCGACAUACUCCGCGUGAAGGAGUUGAUAUCUAGGGGCGUCGACGUCAACCGCACCAACGCGUACGGGUGCGUGGCCCUGCACUACGCCGUGAAGCAUGCCGCCGAGUGUGCGGCGGUCGUGGCGCGGGGAGGAGACACGACAGGCGUUGACCAGUCCAAGAUCCACGCCCAGGAGGCGCUGCGGGUGGUGGUGUUUCUCAUGUCCCACGGCGCGGACGCGAGAGCGGUGAACCACCUCGGGGAGACCCCGCUCGACCUAGGGUUCCGCCUCACGAGCGGCUUCCCCAAAUCCCGGAGCCUCCUCUUGUCCAUCCUGGACUCGAGCAAGUACCAGAUCGCCGGAGGCACCAUCUUCAUCGUUCCGGCGAACCUCCCUAGCGUUAAGGAAGAGGCGACGAGGAAGGAGGAGGAGGAGGAGGACGACGACGAUGACACCGUGGCGAGGACGACUGGCCUUCGAGGGGCGCCGCCUGUCGCUACCGCCGGCACCGCUGCUGUUGCUGCCACCGCUCGCACCACCGCCCCCAAGACGACGACCGCAAGGGGGGUGACGUUCUCGCCCUCGCGGAGAAACCGGAGGGCGAAGAAGCGUUACGAGAUCGCGAAGUCGCGGCUCCCGUACGUGUCCUCCGCCUCCCUCUCCUCCGCCGCGCCGUCCUUCGGCGAGGGGCGAUGCCGCAGCAGCAGCGGAGGAGGAAGAGGAGGCGUCGCCACGCCGGCGCUCCCCCGUGGCGACCACGAGACGGCCCUCGGGGGGGCACGCCAUCGCCUGGCCGCCGGGCACGGCGCCCGAUGUUCGCGGAACGACCACGACGGUGGUGCUCACGGCGGCGGCGACCGCGGCGGCCGCGGCGGCGGUGGUGCCGCCAGGGAACGUCGUCAAGCGGGAGGGGCGGGCGGUGUCCACUUCAAGGACUACAGGAUGGGGAGGAGCUCUGCCGUGCUCGUCAGCGGCGGCGGCGGCGGCGGAUUGAAGCGCGGGAGAGGGACCACGCGGCCCGCGUCCUGCCCUAUGCCGGGUGGUGUCGACGAGGGCCGCGGCCCUGGAACACCGGGCAGUCGGGUCACGAGCUCGGCAAAGGGAGCAGGGCAGCAACGGCGGCGGCGGCGGCCAGCGACUACCACCCCGGGCGGUGGGACGGAGAUGAGUGGUGGUAGCACCAACAACGGGUGUCGUGGUGACGGUGGCGCACGAGUCGUCGGCACCAGGCAGAGGCACAGCGGACGCCACUCCGCGCGCGGGGAACAGAGCGAGAGGCCGUGCGCAAGGCGGCGACGAGAGGAGGGCGAGAGAGCUCCCGGCAGCAUGCCCGACAGCGAGGCGAGGAGGCAGAUAUGGGAGUGGCUGCGCGAGAGCGCCGGCACCGCGUCGGCCGUCCCGCCGGCCAUGGCCCACGGGUCUGGCGGCGAAAUCCUGGUCGAGACUAGCUCGUACGUGGCGACGGGCCGCCGGUCGGACGUGUACCGCGCCCUGCAGGCCAUCAAGGGGGACGGCCGGGGGGAGCUCAUCAGCGCCGAGAAGCUGAGGGCGGUCCUGUGCCGCGUCGGCCAGCCGCUGUUGCCCAACGAGAUGGACGAGCUACUGCAGGAGACUGAUCCGACGGGAACGGGGUACGUCUCCUGCUCGAGGCUGUCGAAGCUCGUGGUCCGAGGACGUCUUCAGCCACUCGCAGCAGGCAAGUCACGCACACGGCGUUGCUCCGGCGGUGUUCCGUUUUUUCUCACGGUUUGGUUUUCGGCUGGGUUGCGAUGCGAACGAACGCGGUGAGCGACGCGGGUUGGCUUCAGCUCCCCAUCAGCGUGUGUGUGCACAAAGGGGGCGAAACUCGGUUGGGAAAGCACAACUUGUCUUUCUGCUGCCACUCACCAGUUGUCGGGGGUUGCGAUAGAUCGCGUUCCGUGGGUGGAGCUUGAGCUGACCACGAACGUAGUGUGGCGGUAGGAGCCCGCGUGAGUGUUCGGGAUAAACUAAUUAGUUGUAGCUUACGAUUUCCGGCGGUUAUUUUCUACUUCGGGCAAAGUUGCUCCUGUCGAUGACGUGUGGGGCCUAAACAUCCAGCACAGUAAAGCUUUGGAUAGCCCAAUCCCAGGGACGACGCACAGUCCAGAGGAUGAUGUGGUCCUGCACGCAAAGGCAAGACGACUGGCUAGAGAAAGACGGCUGGAGCGCGUGGCGGCCAUCGCGCAGCAGAGAGCGGCGGAGGAAUCGAGCUGAAGGAACCGUCGGAUCUACUCCCUCUUCCAGUAGAUCCCGUCUCUCUCUCUCUGCGGGGCGCGAGCUCAUCAAUAAUAACGAGAGGAAGAUGUGGAUCACCCCAAGCCGGUAGUACUCCGCUACUCCAGCUGCUGUUCUUGGUCCUCGUUUUACCUUUCGUUGAUUGCCCCGCUUUCACUUAAAGGCCUUACUUUGCGUACCUUCUAUUGUACAUCGCGUGUUCUUGUGGGUUAUUCUUGUCUACCUGUAGCGGGGGUGCGGUCAGAAAGAUAACAAGAGUGACUAAAUUACAACCGUCACCAGUCGACACUCUUGCGGCCUCAUGUCUCAGACCGAUGCACGCCUGGUUUCAACUUUCUUCCGCCCUCGGACCAGUGGACAGAAAGAAGUCAAUUGGUCAAGGAAAGACAAGGCUCAAAACAAAGACUGCCACACACAAACAUGUGUGCAUUUUACACAACACGUACUAACUGCACUCCAGCUGUCUCCCAUACCGUUUUCGUAUCUUUUGUGGCUCAAAACCACGAUCGACCUCACAGAGCAAAAACAUGGAGAGUUUGAUGCCGAAAAAAAGUCAAGCAUCUCGACUACUACGUGUUGGUUGGGCGGAUCCCUUUAAAUCGUCGCCACUUCGUCUACGGGGAAUACUGAAGAAACACACGGUACAAAAACAGACACCGUCACGAAAAAACUCUCUCCAGCCAAUGUCCGCAUCUUUUCCAAAACAACACUACACCCCGAAGAGGAUGCACAUGCCCCCCCAAAAGCCCAACGAAAUCCAACAAAAUUGACGCAAGCCCAAAAGUGUAAUGUCUCGGCGGCUUUCCUGUGUGAACACACGGGUGAUUCAGCGAAAUCACGCAGCAUAUAGUUUCUGUUUCUUGCUUCUACGCAUAAAAAAACACAGCCAAACGGGAGUCCUCGAAGGACUACCAGCAAAAAAGGUUGACCAACGAUCUUGUGUUCGAUUUAGAGCUGUGCCACUGCCACCACACAUCAGGUCAGACGGCGACUGUAGGUAGAAUUUUAGCUCAACGACACGGACGCCCACACGCGAAACCGGGCCAACACCAAGCAGCAGCCGGUGGACGGGUCGUCUCAGGCCAACAAAAAAUACACGCACGUUCCACCCUAGGUAGUACAGCCUUCAGAGAUGGCAAGGGAUGGCACCUUCGCACUGCACCACACACAGGACACAGCCGCGCGCGCGAACAAAAUCACACACCAUAAAAUAUCCCGCCGCAAUCCACACCCGUGGAACACCACACACCACUGCACACAUAAUAAAUAUCAACACGGACAAAACAGGGUUCUCUCACGCCGCUAGCAGACAUACUCCGCACCCCCAGACACCCAGACACCCCCUCCUCCGCAUUCGUUGGCGCCCCCGCAACCUCCACUCUCGACGAGAACACCACCAACACAUACAUAACGUAAAGACAUUGACGUAAAUAGUAGGUGACGAUCAACCCUCCAUAAGUAAAAAACACGCGUCACAACUUGUACCGUAAAAAAGCCUACCACAUACUACCGCCACGUUGCGGCUAGGAU